AACCGUCAUUUUCCUACUUGCCCUCUGACAUCAGCCACCUCCUGAGUCGCUGCAGUGUGUCUGCGCUCAACCUAAUCCCUGGCGAUGAAAAAUGAGCCUCUCCCCCACUCAUGCUGCUGCCUUGCGCCUCACGCCCCCAGAGAAGAGUUUCUUUGUGAGGCAGCUGGUGAAGGUUUUUUUCCAAGUCACAUGAUCCAGGAUGCAGGGGAGAAUCCUUCUUGGAACCGAGAUGGGCCCAGAACCGGAGCAGAUGAGGAGCGAUAAGGUGUGAUGUGGGGAAGACUAUAUAAGAAUGGGCCCCAGGCUGCAGCGAGCACUCCACCGAGUGGCCCCUUCUCAAGACACAGCCAUGCACGAGCCAGCAGGCUCCGUCGCCAGCCACUGGGGGACCACGAGCCGAAGUUACUUCUGCUUCACCACUGCCACGCUGGCUGUGUGUCUCGUCUUUGCUGUGGCGACCAUCAUGGUGCUGGUGGUUCAGAAGUCGGACUCCAUUCCAACUCCCCCAGGAAAAUUCCCCCUUAAAGGAGGAAACUGCUCAGAGGACAUCUUAUGUAUCCUGCAGAGGGCUCCGUUCAAGAAGUCAUGGGCCUACCUCCAAGUGUCAAAGCACAUAAACAAAACCAAGUUGUCUUGGAACCAAGAUGGCAUUGUCCAUGGACUCAGAUAUCAGGAUGGGAACCUGGUGAUCCAGUUCCCAGGUUGGUACUUCAUUAUUUGCCAACUGCAGUUUCUGGUGGAAUGCCCAGAACAUUCUGUCGACCUAAAAUUGGAACUUCUCAUCAACCAAGAUGUCAAAAGGCAGACUUUGGUGACAGUGUGCGAGUCUGGAGUACAAACCAAAAACAUAUACCAGAACCUCUCUCAGUUCCUGCUGGAGCACCUCCAGGUCAAUACCACCAUCUCGGUCAAGGUGGAUAAGUUCCAGUAUGUGGAUACAAACACCUUUCCUCUUGAGAAUGUACUAUCCAUCUUCUUAUACAGUUCAGACUGAACUCUUUCUCCUGGCCUCUACCAUACAGCACCUCAUCCAUCCAAACACUUGGGCAAAAAGGAAACUAGACCAAGACUGAAACCACAAAGGGUAUUACAUAGUAUGCUUCUCCUUCUGUCUGUUGGAAAGAUACAGCUCCAGGGUUAAAAAGAGAGUUUUGAGUGAAGUGUCUUUCAGAGAGAAGGCAAGGAAGGAAUGUCGUGUGGUGGACAGAGCCCCCAAAGGGAAUCAGAAGGGAUGGAUGUAUGUUCCAACCACUAACUCACUGUAUGACCUGGACCUAUUCCUUUCCCCUCCUUGGAACUCAGGAUCCACGUCUGAAAAAUGAAGGGGCUGGAUUCGAAUCUCUCCAAAGUCUCCUCCAUCUCAGAAGACCAGCCUCUCUCAUCACAGACCUGGGAACUAAGAUUCCAGACAGCGUUCUGGAAGCCCCCAACCAAAGGGAAGGCCCCCCCACCAAUGUGAAACCAAUGGUACUGGCAGCAUCUGGCUGCACACCACCUCAGCAGAGUCAGAAUUUGGAGACAAAAUUCAGGGCACCUGCCAAAUGGUGUGAAUUGUAGGACCUAAAAUGCAUAAGAAAGGAUUGCCAAACUGACCACCCAGAACCGAAGAGGCCUUGUGGAUAUUUGGGAAACCAUCUGACCAGGCUUGACUCCAUUCCAGUUAAGAUGGACAAGAACUCACCAACAGAGAGUUUCUGUUUCCUGUCAGAAAAGUGCUAUGCCUUCAGCACACUCUCAAAUCAUAGUGCAAUGGGCAGGAGAUGCAAUCAUUUGGUCAGGGCAUAGCUGCUGCCAUCUCCCACAUGAUCUCAUCCUGCUCCCUGCUUCAAACACCUCUCAGAAAAUCAUUUCUGUGAGAGCUUUUAAGGCCCCACAAAGUUGUUGACAGACAAUGACAACCUUGGAAAUGGUUGAAUAUUAUGAGCAAAUGACACAAUCUAUGGUUGUAAAGAACUUCUCUGCACAAUGACAACCUCGUCUCCUGAUUUGGAUAACCAGGAGAUUCUCUAGCUCCAUCAAUCCUUACAACUGUCCAUCAUCUCUGAAGCAGCAUCUUAUUGUUUGAAAGUUCCACUGGACUUAAAGUGUAAGCUGCUGAGGUUAUUCCUCAGAAAGAAAAGGGGCUCUUAACUGCUACACAAAAGAAUGAAACAAAAUUUGCAUGUUUCUCAAGAAGGAGGAGAGAAAAGAAAGGUGUCAAAAUUCAGGAAAGUUUGUCAAAGUUUAGAAAAGUUCUAAAAGAAGGGGAAAAAAUCAGCAGGGGUGGUAUGGAUGAGAAGGACUUGGGAGAACAGAAAAGACUAAAGGGAAAUUUUAAGUCCUUUGCUGAACAGCAUGCUCUGUUGCCUCCUCCUAGGUCAGUGAAAUACUCAGUAAAAGUCUACAUUUCUCUUAAAUGCUUCUGUGAGUAGAUUCUUGGGGAGCAGGGCGCAUUGGAAGAGGUGUUGCACUCAGCAAGACAAGAGAUACGUGAUAAUAACACAGACAGGUUUUGAGGGCCAAAAGCUAGAGAAUAAGGUGGCCUGUGGGCAUUUGAGUUCUACCCUAACUCUGUAAGACAAAUGAAUCUUGCUUUAAACCAAGUCAUUCAUGCAUUCCUGGAAAGGUAUCUGCAACCUAAGCAAAUGUCAACGAAGCAAUUUUUUACUGUUUCAUAUUCCAACUCGAGAAAGGUUUCAUUUGCACUUUUCACCAACCAUCCUCUGAGCAGAGGUGCCUCACUUUGACAUUGUGAGUGAUUCUCAAUAUUAGUCUCUAUCAAGCAAUACUCUGAAAGCCAACAGCUGAAGACAUAGGGAGCACAGCUUAAAAGGAAUCUUGUAGCAAGACAAAAUAAUAAGAGAAUAAUCUUUAGUAAUUCACCUGAUAUGUAGGGGGUGGACAACCUAAGAAGUUCAAAACUAAAUUCUGUUACUCUCUGAGGGUUAACCAGCCCCCUGGGAAUAUUAUGAGCAAAUGACACAAUCUAUGCAAAUAAAAUAAAUGAUUUUUGUAACUGGGAAUUCAGGCUACCUGAAACAUAUAUCUCUUUGGUAAAAACUCAACUGCCCAAUACAUACAUACAUACAUACAUACAAACACACACACACACACACACACACACUAUACUUGUAAAACUUGUAGAGGAGGAUGAGUUGAUAAAAAAGUAACAAGUCAAUGAAGACUAACUGUAUUCCUGCCCUCGGGAAAAUUCAUACCACUGAUUAUUCUGACACAAGGCAAGAGCCUUUCAGUCAAGAAGAUACACUAGUCAUUUGUAUCAUCUCUGGAAAGAUCCUGAGAGAUAAGCAGAGCCAACGUUUGAAAGGAAGUCCAGUGAAAGGCAGGGGCUUGUCAAGUCCUUACACAUGAUUAGUAGCAGAGCCAGGAAUGGAGUCCAGCCUCCUGUCUCCACUAUUUCCCAUUGGGCUUUAUUGGUCCCCUCCACAGCCUUUCUUUAAAAAAAAAAUUAUAUAUGUCUCAGAGAGGAAGGGAGAGGGAGAGAGA